AGAUGAGCUGUCGAUCGUUGACAGAAUAUUACAUGGUUUUUCAUUUGACACAUUGUCUUUUGAGGAGAAAAAAAACAAUCAAAUCUGUCGGAAGGCCGCAGCCCCCUGUCGAGAUUUAUAAACAAAGGAGAGGAUUUUCUGUGAACUGGUACUCAAGAGUGGACUGGCUUACUGGGAGUAAAGAGAAGAAGCAUUUGUUUUGUUGGCCUUGCCUUCUUUUCUCAAGUACCCGAAAUGGCACAUGGACUAAAUAUGGAUUUGAUGACGUUAAAAACCUGGAACGGGCAGUCACACGACAUGCAAAAUCAAAGGACCAUGUAAGUGCACAAGUUAAACUUAAUAUUUUGGGAAAAGUUCACAUAGAACAUGUCUUGGAUGAGGGACCUAGACUUCAAGUUGAAAGGCAUAACCAGACUGUGAAAAAAAAUCGUGCAGUGCUCGAGCGCUUAAUUGAGACCACCACCCUGCUAGCAAGACAAGAACUAGCUUUCCGCGAUCGCGAUGAAACCACUAGCGCCAACAAGGGUAACUACAGAGAAUUUCUGGAAUGUCAAGCUAAACAUGAUGAGUUGCUGGCGACGCACCUGCAGACAAGUACUGUAUUUUCUGGAACGUCAAAUCGUAUCCAGAAUGAUCUAAUUCAUUGUAUCGCUUAUGUCGUUUCCGAUACCAUUAAGACUGAUAUCGAUGCAGCUCCCUUUUUCGCAUGGCAAUUAGACGAAACAACGGAUGUAAGCAAUCAAGCGCAACUGUCAAUUUCUGUGCGAUAUGUUGACAGAAAUGCAUGAAUCCAAGAGAGGUUUAUUGGAUUUUUUUAACGUGUCUGCCGGAUGUGAUGCACAAUCUGUCUAUGAAGCUGUAACCAUGGCAAUGACAUUGUUUCGUUUUGAGGAGAAACUGGUUGCGCAAACCUAUGAUGGAGCAGCCGUGAUGGCUUCUGCACUGUCUUCAAGCUAAGGUGAAAGCAGUUGCUCCGUCCGCUGUGUUUGUGCAUUGCUAUGCGCACAGGUUAAAUCUCGUUCUUAGCCAGGGAGCAAAAAGCAUACCAAGUGCCCAAGUGUUUUUUGCAAAUUUAGAAGGUUUCGCUUCAUUCUUCUCUCAAUCUUCAAAAAGAACGGCUCUGCUGGAGGAGGUCGGCUGCUCUCGUUUGCCGAAAAGUGCUCCAACUAGAUGGAAUUUUCAUUCAUGAGCAGUGUCCACAGUUGCUGAAAAUCGUGAGAAAUUGCUUGAUGUAUUCAAACGGAUUGUUGAUGCACCUGCCAUGGAUGAUGACACAGUGCAAGGAGCUCUUGGCUUUAUUGGAUAUUUAGAAGACUUUGAGUUCAUGUUUUUUCUUUUUACAUUUAGAGCCAUUUUUUCUCUUACCGAUGUUGUUUUCGACAUUGUACAACACAAGGCAAUGGAUAUUGCAUUUUGUAGACAGAAAAUCGACAAUCUUCUUUCCACAUUGGAGAAUCUGGCCUCUGAAGACCGUUUUACACAGAUAUAUGACAGUGCUGCACAUCUCUCAGAUGUUCGUGCUCCAAGGCUGUCUAGGGCCAAGAUGAAAGGGGGAAUGGAUGUGAAAGGGUACUAUCGACUGCUUUACAUGUCUGUAAUUGACAACCAGAUUAUGCAAAUCAAACAGAGAUUUGCUGAUUUGGAUAACUUAAAGUUUCUUCAGUUGCUGAACAACGCAUUGUAUGAGCAGAUGCGCAAUGAAUUUCCAGUUGAAGCAUUUCACUCUCUAAUCAGCAUCUAUGGUCACCAUUUUGAUGCAGACAGGCUCAAAUCGGAGUUGCAGGUUUUUUAUUCUGAGAGAGACAUGCAUGGAGAAAGUGGCAAAUUGUGUGACCUUCUCAGAGAAUUCAAAUUGAAUGAUUUGGACAAAACUAUGCCAGAACUUUUCAAACUCAUGUGUCUUUGUGCUACCAUUGGAGUUACAUCUGCAGGGGUGGAAAGGAGCUUUUCAUGCCUAAAACGCAUCAAGACCUACCUCCGCAGUGCAAUGGGACAAGAACGUCUAUCUGAAUUGGCACUGUUGUCCAUUGAAAAAGCCCUUGCAAAAGAAUUGGAAGGAAGAGGUUCAUGGUGGUAUGAGCAGGUGACAGAGAAGUUUAAUUCCAUGAGGGAACAAAGAAUGGACUUCACUUUUAAGUGAAGAAAUAGGUUAAGAGCAGACAGAAAAGGCAGUGAAGUGAGUUCAGGGUUUCAGGAUUGAAAAAUGUUCUAGAACUGUGGAAGGUAGAAAUAGUAAAAUAUUACUGGUAAGUGAGUUUGAAAUGGUCAGCUAUGUUUAUAUUUAAAGACCUUCUAUAUUCUAUAUUCUUUCUAUAUUGAAAUGCAUUUUUUCUACAAUUGCAGAGGAUCCAUACGUCUUGUCAUCGACAAGUCUGCCUGUGGUCAGCCUGCAUCCUUGUUCAGAUGUGUUCAUAAAAUUUUCCUUGUGGUCCAUCAAGAAAGAGAUGGCAGCAGAGCUAAAGUAAGUCACAUUGAUUGCGAUCAUAUUUGAUGGCUUAAAUGGUGUGAAGGUUUCAUGAACUGCUAAUGAUAAAGUUGAUGGUAAUGAUGUGAUUAUUUUACAGGAAAUCCCAAGAGUUCCAGAGGGAGAUGCGGCAUUUCCACGAAAGCAGCAGAAAGAUGGUGUUUUUUUUUUUUUUUACUUUUAUUACACAAAUAAACAAUGAAAUGAAACUAGUUUCCUAUUUAACACAUUUAUUAUAAAAAAGCAGUGAUGUCCGUAGUGAUCAAAUUUCAUGGGUAGGAAUCUGCCUCCUCAUUUUUUAAGUCCACCGCACACCACUGGCAUCAAGGUGACUCGAGCAAAGCUAACUGUUAUUGUGGAUGACAGCAUCUCAUUAAGCAAGAAGUCUUGUCUAACUGUGUACCUCAGAACAUCAGUUAAUAGCUCAGAGCCAUUAACCUUCUUGAGCUAGAGAGUACAACAGCAGAUGGAAUCGUACACUCGUACACUAAUCAACUGCCUGCUGAAGCAUGGUCUUGAUGAUACCAUUCUUAAAGAAUGCCUGGUGGGAUUCUGCUCAGAUGGAGCCUCUUUAAUGGUAGGUGGAAAAAAUGAAGUAUACACAAAACUGAAACGUAUGUUCCCAGGCCUCAUUGGCUGGCAUUGUCUAAACCAUAGGUUGGAGUUGUCUGUAUCAGAUGCAGUAAAACACUGCACAGAGACCAACCAUUUCACAAUUUUCCUUGACAAGUUAUACUGUUUGUAUAAUCAGUCACCAAAAAACCUAAGAGAGCUUGAUGCUGUAGUCUCUGAAUUAGGUGUAUGUUUGCUGGUGUAUGCUGCCUCUACAAUCACCUCACAGCUGCAAGUAGAGAUUUCAGUCGAAAUUCAGGUGAAAGAUGUAUGUAUGAUGGGCUAGCAGCAAAGUUGAGUUUAAUUGCUUUUGUGAAAAACCUUGGUUUGAUGAUGGAUGCACUUGAAGAGCUUAAAGAUCUGUCUGAGGCUCUGCAGGCCAGAGACAUUACACAGUCAGUGUAAUUGACAUCAGUGAAUUUGAUUAAAGGGCAGCUGGAUGUUUUUAAUAGCAUUAGCAGGAACCCAGACAGUGGUCCAUUCUACAAAACUGCUUGUGUGGCUGCACAGCAAGGUGUCCUUAAUGGCAUAACACUACAGAGUGACAGCACAGCAGAAACUAGUAGAUCCCACAAUGUUCUAUGAAGCAUUAUGCAAAAGCAUGGAAACAAGGAUGGUCACAAAUGAAGAGGAAUCACUCUUUCAUAAAAUCAAUGUGUUGGAUAAAAACACAUGGCCAAGCCCUCUACCUUUAAUGUAUGGGGAAAAUGAAGUGAGAGAACGGUGUGAUCUUUUGAAAAUAGGAUUCUCUGGUGUUAAGCAAAGUUAUAGGGACUAUAAGGAGAAUGCCAGGGUAUCAACACACAAAACACUUCUGAAGCUUAAAUAUGCAGUGGAGACAAUUGCUGUGAGCAGUGCAGAGUGUGAGAGAAGUUUUUCAGAAAUGAAUACAUUUGUGACACCAUUACGUUCACAACUGAAAGUUGAAAAUGUCUCUGCUCUAAUGUUCAUUAAAAUGGUUGGACCUCCUCUUUCCAUUUGGGACCCCACAAAAUAUGUUCAGAAGUGGGAAGCUACCAGAAGGUCUGCAGAGCAUGUAGCUUGUAGGCAGAGAUGUAACACCCUACAGGCUUCCCCAUAUCAGCCCAUCUGGGAUCUGAUGAAUUAACAAGUCAUACUGAUAGAGGUUUGUGCAUUUUGAUUUUUAUGCCAUAGGCUAAAUUCUUUGUUCUCUAUGUUGGACUUAAUGUAAUGAGUUGAGAACACAUUUUUAAGGUAUGGAAUUUGUUGAGCUCCAUUUGAUGGAACUGUGUAAAACUAGUGUAUUGACAUAACAAAAGUCCAGUUUAAUUUACUGGUCACACUGAUAGAGGUUUAUGCAUUUUUAUGUCAUAGGCUAAAUUUGAGUUGAGCACGUUUGUAAGUUAUGGAAUUUGUUGAGCUCUCUUUGAUGGAACGGUGUAAAACUAUUGACAUAACUCAAUUCCAGUUUAAUUUUCUUAAUAAAAAGCCUGUUCUACUCCUAAUAUUUUGUAUUUAUAUUUUCUCUUUUAAUGUUACAAUACUACCAUUCCUAUAUUUGAUACUGACACAUCAGGACAGGAGAGGGCACAGGCCUACAGAAAGAUUUUAUUGUCAUCAGAUGUAGCUUUGCACACUGACAACAGAUGAUUUUGAUCAACUUUCAAUUUUAAAAGCAGAGGGCCCUCUUAACUUGCUAUAUUUUACAGUAUGUCAAUUGAUAUGAUUUUCUAGACUUUUCUACGUAGGCUACACGUGCGAAAGCCUGAAUCCACAGAGCAAUAUUAUCAAUGUUAACAAUAUUAUCGUUAUCGCGAGCCAUUUAUCGUGAUCGUAUCGUGAGGUACCCUCCGAUUCCCACCCCUACAAAGUAUUAAGGAAAAGUAUGUUGAAUAACAUCACUGAAGUAUCACAAACUGCUUUAAAAUGAAUACAAGCAGGUAGUGCAUAAACUCAAACAUAACAACGAAAAUAAUUUAUCAUUUAUCCCCAUUACUUCAGCAUUAAAGGUGAUACAGAGGAUCUUUUCAUCGACUGAGAAACCAAAGACUGUUAGUGAGUUUUUGAAAUGAGCACAUGCGUAAGAACAA